GCCAUUAUCGUCCGAUCAAAGGGGCCAGCCGACGUUCUCAUUGUGGGACAGUUCUCCAAUAGCGCAGAUUUGACAUUCCAUCCAAAAAUUUUGGUUAACCUUGACGACUUUUCGACUUGAUCCAGCACUAGGGACCUUAGAUCCAUGUUUCAGACUCCGAUUGACCCUUCGGUGGAGUCGAUUAGUGUGUGCCUACAGGACAGAUCGGUUGCUAGAUCGAGCUCAAACCUCAUCGAAAUGUUCUAUUUUCUACUGAUUCGUAACGCUGACUGCAUUUCACGGCCACGAUCAGUGUUCUUAGGUUUCUACUACGCGCAAUGGUCCAUAGUGCCAAGCAGACAACUACAGAUCCGUCUUCUGUCAAACCCUAGCUUGCUGGAGGUGUUUUUGGAGUGUCAGACACCAACAUAGAGGAUCCUGGCGCCACCAGAGACGGUUCUGGAUGUUUGCUAUCACUUCGCUACCUAAAUCAGAUGGCUGCUUAUAUACUGCUACUCCAGUUGAUCCAGUUUUCAUAUUGCUGCCUAUUUUUGAAGAAGCAAUAAUGAAGGUACAACUGUUAUUAUUAAUACAUUCAUCAAUCUACAUCUUCAUUUAUUUAUGCAAGUUUAAGCUUUUCCAUUGCUUAGUGCUCGAGAAAAUCUUAGGACCUGGUACCAUGGAACAGAACCAAGAAAGCAAGUAAACAUCCAUUCCAAUUCGGAUCCAUGAAAUUCAACAAACAUGCUUGAUUUCAUUCGCAGUAUCAUCAUCUAGUACAGUUUUAAUAAAGCAAAACUCUAUGA